AUGAUCUGCUCAAUCACCAUCAUCCUCGCCUCUCUGGCCGCCUUCGCCAUGGGCGCUGCCAUGCCCAUCCUCCCUGACUCGGCUAGCAUCACUCAGCCCGGCUCGGCUAUCGACUCUACCCAUCGCCUGGGUCACAGCCAGGUGGUAUCGCUUACUGCUGGUGUCGAGAAGCCUGAGAUCGCGAAUGCUACCACGACCGUCGAGCAGCCCGAGCCCUUCGCUACCACAACCGUCGAGCAGUCCGAACCGACUCCCUCUGCCCUGACUGAGAUCAAGAACCACAUGGCAUGA